UUUUCUUUCUUUUUAUAGAAACCCCAGAAGUUUGCCCCUCAGUCUCUCGGGUAAAUGCCCAAUUGCUUCUUUAGCUGCAGAAAAGGCAGAAAGAAAAGAAAGGAGAACAAAGGCUCAGAAGACUGACUCUAAGAACCAGACGGUUAAUUCAACUGUGAAGUGCAGAGGGGAGACCAAAAGACCAUUUGGGGAAGAUCAUUUUAGGGCUCCUAGGACUGAGGAAAUCAGGUGGUACCACUUUAAAUGUGUAACUAUGAGUGAGUCAUUGGAGAGCUACUUUCCGUAAGUUUGGGAAUCAAAGAAAAAAGUUGUCCCGCUGCAGAUUACUCCAUUCCCUGCAGGGCUAAACUGCAGAUUAUGGCUUCGGAGCCGGGCUGUCCUUGUUGGAGGGCACAAUGCACCAUAGAUUUUUAUUUUCACGAAAAAGACUCCAGAGGUUUGUGGCCUUCCAGACAGCAGCUGGCGCCGGGCAGAGGCAUCGCUUCGGGCCGGAGCUGCUGGCGACCGCGCGACGCUUGGCUGUGCGUCCCAGGCAGUCGGGCCAGCGCCGCAGCCACAGCCUCGCGUUCCGAGCAGACGCUGUUCCCUUCUGGAAGGGCUCUGGGGGCUCGCGACUGACUGCUCCUCAGCAAAUUAGAGGGAAGAGGAGCUGGUUUGAAGGAAAGGAGGGAGUAGGUUUGGAAAAGGGUUGGCUCCUCCUUAUAACUCGGAUGCCUGAAGUGGGUGAGGUAGAUAGUGGCCAAAUAAAUGGAAGGGAGAGGAUCCCAUUUGGAGUGACGAGGAUUUCUGGAUGAGCCGACGAUGUGUCCUGCAACUGUCGAGUUGGCAGGAGAUUUGACUCUAUCAACUGCUGUUUGGUUCCCACUUCAAACGCACCUCCCCCCAGCUUGUGUUCUGACCGACUCCGGAGACUUGGGCUGGGUGCGAGCAGAGCAAGAAAGAAUCAAAAGUCAGCCUUCCUUUGGUCUCUGCUUGUGGCAGAUGCACAGCUGGCUUGAUUCUGAGCAGGCCAAAUGUUUGCGAAGAACAGAAACUGACGGUGGUGGGACUUGCACACCCAUGUGUCCAAGCAUCCACACACACCGUCAAGACCUGGAAACGGCUGCACGGGCCCAAGACGGUGUGUGGGUUAUGAAAUAAGGACCCGGUCUUACACCGUCUACAGACAAGCAUGCAGCAUGGAGCAGCAGACCAUCUACAGGCGCUGCCCUGGUUGGAGCCGGCGGGACAAUGAACCUGGCUGCCUCCGCUCUGUCUCUGCAAUGGGGACUUGUUUCAAUGGAAGAAGAUACUCAGAGGGUGAAGCCCAGCGGUGCCAGUGUUGCAAGGGUUUUCAGGGACCCCGAUGUCAAUAUGAUGUCGAUGAAUGUGCCGUGGUGAAUGGAGGCUGCCAGCAGCGCUGUAUUAACACUCUGGGCACCUUCCACUGUGAAUGUGAUACAGGAUACAGACUCCAUGCUGAUGGACGCACCUGCAUAAGUAAUGAAUUGCCAACUAUCACUGCUGAAUUGCUUUCAGAGGUGGACCCCUGCACGGGUAGGAAUGGAUAUGCCCACAUCUGUCAGAGUGAGAAUGGCUCGGCCAGGUGUGUCCGUCAUCCAGGGUACCAGCUGUCUGAAGACAAAAAGGCCUGUGCAGCCCUCAACAAGUGUGCUGAAGGGCUCGCUCCCUGUAGCCACCGCUGUGUGAAAACAGUGGGAUCUUUCAUGUGUGCCUGCCACCCUGGCUUUGAGCUGGGAGCUGAUGGAAAACAGUGUUAUAGUAAGAGGCAACAGUUGCAGCCCAGGAAAUGUGUGGCAUUUUACAAGUAUUAAACAACAGUAGUGAACAAAAGAGCUGCAUUGAAUAUCUUGCCAAAGCAGAAGCUCCUGAGAAUGUUUGCCACUGGGGUAGGGUCGGGUGGGAGCUGAGAAGGCCAACCCCUUUGUUUUAAUUUGAAGAUGCAAGGGUCCAGAGUCCAUCAAAAGUGGUUGGCAUCACUAUCCACAGCGUGGACCGCAAGGGCUAAGUCUCAGGUCUUUCGGCUAGGGGCGCUCUUGGACCCAAGGCUCUCCUUUGUGAAGAGUCUGUCUUCCUUCACCACAUCUGCAAUGAAGUAUUGAUGGAACACUAGUAACUACAUUGUAAAACUCAGGGAAAAGGAACUAGUGGGAGAGAAGGAACCAGCAGUACAAAGAGCAGCUCUAGAUUGUGGUACCAUGUCUGAUUUCCAGUCUCAGUUCCAAAGAUGCUCUUCCCAGUUCUCUACAUGUUAGUAAACCAUCCAUUCCAGGUCGAAGCCAAAAAUCCAAUCAUGCAAAAUCAGUAAGGGACUGAACUGAAACUGAACAAGGAUCUUUAGGUUCCAAAUAUUCUACCCUUUCAAGUUCAUCAUGUAUUUAUAUAUAUCAAAUGUCUCUUUAUCAGUUUUAACCAAGGAAGAGGAUAAAAAUGGUGAUGAAUAGAAUAAGUAAUGUUGUGUUCUUACUUAAGCUCUCUCGUGAAGAGACAUUUUUAACUUCACUGAAUUCUUCAUUCUCCUCCACUGAAUGAAAUUUUAUGUUUCUUUAAUGCCUGGGUGGCCAACGUAGCCUUAAGGUCUGUUGGUAUAUUUCUACUGCUUAAAGACAGUGCAGUUUCGCGACAGUGAUAUUUGUCUUUUAAAGAGCAAACUAAAUAAGAUGGGAGAGAAGAAUUAACUACUAAUUAGGAUACAGCUUCUUCUGAAGUGAGUCUUUCUCUCAGUGCCCUGAGGAGUCCUUUCAGGCAGAGAAAAAUGUGGAUAGGUUUUUCUUUCUUAUUAAUAUUUUGGCUUUUUAAUGUGGCCAGAGGUUUAGGAGAUGAGUAUAUUUUACAGAUGCCUGAAAUAAAAUCUCCUGCAAUCUGA